UCCGUAGUGAGAUAAUAUUACAGAUAGUAAAAUACUUCUUUAGCGCUCUCUCUCUAUAUAUAAUUUAUAACAUAAUCAAAUAAUUUCCUAUAAAAAACUGAAUUUGAAGAGGGUGAAAAGCUGAGUGCAACCGUACAAGCAAGCGAAACUAACAAAGGCAUAGGCCAAUUGAAAAGCGAAACAAACUCUGCUACAAAAUCACAAAUUAAAGCCCUUCUAAUCUUCAUCCUCGCGAUUCAAGAUUGAACUCAUCAUCCAACAUUGGUUUAGUAGGUACUAAUGGAUCUCGUGGAUACAAACUGCAUCAUUCCUGAAGAUGUAUUUCGGGACAUCCUUUCGCGGCUUCCGGUGAGAAACUUGUUGCAAUUCAGGUGUGUGAGUAAGUCAUGGUGCGCCCUGAUUGACGACCCCACCUUCAUUCAAACACACUACAAUGCUCAAUAUGCAUUGCACAAAGUACAUGGUGAUCUGCCCAAACUUCUCUGGAAACACUUGUUAACCAUACGACGAAUCUAUCCAAUCCAAUGCCAUCUUCUUUCUAAACAGCACGGGGAUGACACUGUUUUGAAUCUGACACCUGAUGUAGAGCGUCUUACAAACUCUAUUUUCCCCAAUCAUCCGUAUAUAAGCUUUGAUGUCUUUUGCCGAGGCAUUGCUAAUGGCAUUAUUUGCCUUCAAUUUAGAGGCAUGGAUGUAAAACAAUUGGGCAGGGGAUUUUUUAGUUGUGGCUUGUGGAAUCCUGCGUCUCGAGAGGUGAAGAUUGUUGCCUUUCCACAUUUGCCCGAUCAACGUACACGUAUACCUGGAGGGUUUGGGUUCGAUGUUGUUGGUUUCGGGUUUGAUCCUGUGUCGAAUGAUUAUAAGAUUGUGGCUAUUAUUCCUGUUAAGUCAGACAUUGUUUUGUUGUACAUGGUCUACUCACUAAGCACCGACUUUUGGAAGAGGGUUUGCCAACCAUCUUUAUUGGGUAUAAACGCUACUGUGAGGUGUCCUGGAAUGGAUGCGUGUUUCAAUGGUGUACAUUAUUGGAUUGCUAAUCUUCUGAACAAUGAGUAUGACCCUAAAAUAUUUAGGAUCCUAUCAUAUAACUUUAGCACCGAGGUGUUCAGGUUUUCUGAUCCACCGCAAGGCGCUCUUCCACCCGUAGGUUACAACAGUGACAAAGUGAUGUGGAACAUUGGGCUACACAAUGAAAGUAUUGCUCUUUUUUUCAUUCGCACAGCGGGUGAGGCUAGUGUUGACAUCUGGACAGCCACUGAAUUCGAGGAUGGCGACUUUGGAGCUCCAUUGGCAUGGCAAUGUUUAAUUUCCAUCAAACCAAUUAUUGAACGAUUGGGUUCGUGGGUUGGGGCGCAACGGAUGAAUGGUGAUCUUUUAUUUUCUAUGUUUGAUUGUGAGUUGAGCCUUUACAAUCCCACAACAGGCCAGUUCCGGAGAAUGGGUAUUAACUUUGAUAUAUGUUUUGGAUAUGUAGAGAGUUUGUUCCCUUUGUCAAGGAGAGUUGUUGUAUUGACAUAAAUAAUAAUGCAUCUGUACCCCUUAAAAUAAAAUAAUAAAAAUUAUGCAUUUGUAAAUAAUAAGUAACAUAAUUCG